AUGACAAAAAGCCUGACUGAGCAGGCUGUUAAUGCAAUUAUACGGCCUCCUCGAAAGGAAUAUGACUUGGAUUCAUUGCCAAAAACCAUCCCAUCAGAAGAUGGUAAGAGUAAUUACACAAGAAUUCCAGUUACGAUAACAUUACCUCGAAAAGAAACCAUCGUUGGCUCAUUAUACAAAGAAAACUUCAUGGAUGAAACAUCUGGUGGAUCAUGUGUUAUUUACAUGCAUGGAAAUGCAAGCAGUCAACUCGAAGGUCAAUUUUUAGUACCAAAUAUUUGCCCUCACGAAGUUUUUGUUUUUUGCUUUGAUUUUGUUGGUUGUGGAUGCAGUUCAGGCGAGUAUAUAUCACUAGGAAUGAACGAAACCGGAGAUACCGAAUACGUUGUAAACUAUUUACAAAAAAGAUUUGCUCUCGGACCAUUUAUUUUAUGGGGUAGAUCCAUGGGAGCUGCUACAGCUCUAAUGGUUAAAAAUAAAAGCAUCAAAGGCGUUAUCGCAGACUCAGCUUUUGUUUCAUUAAAAGAAUUAUGCACAUGCAUUGCAAUUGCACAAGGAGUUCCGUCUCUAUUUGCAUCAACAGCUAUAUGGUAUUUACAAAAGAAAAUCAGCCAAGUUAUGGAUAUAAAAUUUGACGACGUCUCUCCAUUAAAUUCAGUUAAAAAUAGCCCACCUCCAAUACUUUACGGUCACGCGGAAUUCGAUGAAUUCAUUCCGUUCCAUCAUUCAGAAAUUUUAUAUGAAAAUACAAAAAACAAGAUCAAACAAUUCGAAAAACUACCAGGCGGACAUAAUGACAGACGAUCCGCUGAUUGGAUUCGCAAAGCCGUUACUUUUGCCCUCCAAAGACUUGAUAUUUCCACAGAAAACCUCGUUAUUUCUGAAUGCAGGAACCUUCAAGGUGCGAACUUUCAUUUCGGAAACUACGAUCAACUCAUUGGAGAUGUUGCAACUCUUGAUGACGAAUCAAUCGCAGAAGCUUAUGACCAAGCAGGCGGAAACCUGUUUAAGAUCGAUAAUGUUGAGAAUAUGGUAUUCAAUGUCGAAGAAAUCGAUGACAUGGAAGAAUUUAAUGAUAUUGAAUUUAAUAUCAACGAUGCUGCAGAUCAAAUUGACUUUGUAAUAGUAGAUCCUGAUGCAGAACCGACAACUACAGAUAGCGGUCGGAAAAUCCCAACAAUUGACGAAAUCACACAAGGAGGUGGAAUUAAAAAGUCUCCUUCAAAGCUCGGAGGAGGAAUUCGCAGUUCUCCGUCUGGUAAAAUAACUCUUUUAGGCGAUGGCUCCGGAAUUCGCAGCUCUCCAUCCGGAAAAAUCGCCUUACUUGGCAGAAAUGGAAUCCGAAAUUCUCCUUCAGGAAAAAUUUCGUUACUUGGCGGCGGAAAUGGAAUUCGUGGCUCUCCUUCAGGAAAAAUUACUUUAUUGGGAGAUGGAAUACGAAGUUCCCCUUCAGGACGAAUCGCUUUAUUAGGAGAAGGCGGCGGAAUCAAAUCUUCUCCUUCAGGAAGAAUUGCUUUAUUAGGAGAUGGAGGAGGAAUCAAAUCUUCUCCAUCAGGAAAAAUCACUUUGUUAGGUGAUGGAAUACGUAGUUCUCCAUCAGGACGAAUUGCUUUAUUAGGUGAUGGAGGAGGAAUCAAAUCAUCUCCUUCAGGACGAAUUGCUUUAUUAGGUGAUGGAGGAGGAAUCAAAUCAUCUCCUUCAGGACGAAUUGCUUUAUUAGGAGAUGGAGGAGGAGGAAUAAGGUCUUCUCCUUCAGGAAGAAUCACUCUUUUAGGAGAUGGAAUUCGACCUUCUCCUUCCAAAAACUUUGGAGAUGGAAUUCGCAGUUCUCCUUCAGGAAGAAUUACAUUACUAGGAGAAGGAAACGGAAUCAGAUCAUCACCAUCGAAGUUAUUACUUGAAGGAGGAGGAGGAAUUAAACCAUCUCCUUCACGUCAAUUCGCUCUUCUCAGAGAUGACAUCACUCCAAAUGGUAGAAUUGUCCUUUUGACACCAGAAAUACCAGGAAAUUCAAAUGGAGGAGGUGGAAUACGUCCUUCUCCUUCCAAACAAAUAUCUUUCCUCCCUCCAAACGAAAGUCCUAAAGGAGGGGGAGGAAUAAAAUCAUCUCCAUCGAGAAUUAUUUUGCUUAAUUCUUCUCCACCUCAAAACACUGAUUCAAUAAUUGCUCCAUCUCCUGGAAUCAGAAGUUAUCCAUCGAGAAACAAUUCAUUGCUUUUAAAUCCAUCACCAAGAUCUCCUCUUUUAGAUGGUAUACAAGGCAUUGACGCAAAUGAUUCACAAGCAGUGAUAAUUCCAAUGGAAAAUGAGAAAAAAGAUGUCAAAAAGAAGAAAAGUAACACAAAAUCGAAGUCUAAACCUAAGAGCAAGAAAUCAGUGAAGAAACCGAAAUCCCCUGAAGAAUCAUCAGAUCCAGCAAAUGGAAGACAACAGAGCCCAUCGAAAGGAAAUAAUAAGAAACCAAAAGAUUCUUCAAAGAAAAUUGCUAAAUGCAGAUCAGGAACAAUAAGAAGACCAGCAGAAAUAUUAAAGAAAAAGAAGAAGGAUGAUAAAGAAAAAGAACAUAAGAAAACAAAAAUAUCACAAGGAGAUCAAGGAAUGUCUUUAUCAAGAAAUAAUAAUUUAGCUCAAAGUUUCGAUUUCAUUGAUCUUUAUUCUGCAAAAUCAAAUCAUUUGGAUUUGAUGAUUAAUAAAUCUCCUUCAAAAGAGAAUAUGAGCACUUUAUUCCCGAAGUCUGCUGCAGAAUAUAAUAAGCAUAGAAAAUAA